GCUAGGGUCAGCCCACUUAAUAAAUACCAAGCGCCGCGGAUUGAUGCUGAGGUCCUAACCCCCUCCCCUAUAGACAGACACAGAGCUUUAAAUAGAACCUUACUGUCAUUGGGACUUUGUUUUAUCCGCACUGCAUCUAACGUUACGGCAAUCCUGCAUUUUUUCAUAACGUUUUGAAGCUCUCGAGAAAGUGAAGAUGCCCAGCAAGAGAAAGAAGAACAAGCGCCGAAUGAGGAGAGUUCAGGGCCAAAGAAGCGCCCUAGAGGACCAGCAUGGCUCUUUUGGAAAGGGGGCCCAAGGAGUUUGUGCAGUCUCUGCCCCAGUUACCACACGGGUUUCAGUCGCUAAAACCUCUCAGCCAUCUCCUGUGGUUCAAGUUAAAACUCAUGUGGCAGCGGUUGACCCGGUUGAAGUUCCAGCUGAAAUUCCUCCUGAAGAACCAAUUGUGGAAGAGGAGAUCCCAGCCACAGUUGAGAUUAAAGAUGAUGUGUUGAAGGCUGCAGAGGAAUCUACAGAAGCUCCAGUGGACCCCGCUGUAGAGGAACAACCUGUGAUUGAAACAGCAGAAAGUGUCACAGAUCCAGUAACAGAGGUCACAGCAUCUAUAGACGAAGCAUUGCCCAUCCCAACAGAAUCUGAGACACAUGUUGCAGCUGAACCCGUCGAAACACCUGAGCGUGAAGUUGAAGCUGUUACUGAGACUCCUGCAGGGGAAUCAUUGGUGAUACCUGCGGAGAAAGAAGCUGCAGCUGAAACAAUAUCUUCAGUUAAACCUCCAACAGGAGGACCGGCGGUUGACGUUGAGCCUGUAGUUGAAGCUUCAGUAGACAUCAACAAGCCUGUUGUUGAGGUUGUGGAAGAACCGGCUGUUGAAUUGGAGGUCACGAGAGUUGAUGCCGAGCCUGUGAAUAUCGACACAGUCACAGAAGUCAAAGAGGGUGCAGAUGCAAUACCUGAACCAGAAAAAGUUCCAGUGAAAGCUGCAGUUGAACCAGAGCCUGAGCAACAGGCAGCCCCACUGGAAGAACACACGCCUUCGGUUGAGUCCACUUGCGGUCCUGUCGCUGAAGGUUUUAUUGUGACCGAGUCGUCUUUUGCUGUUGAAGCUGCUAUUCCAGAGACACAGAUUCCUGACACAACAACAGAAGCCCCAGAGGUAUCAUCACAGAUGCUGACAGAAACACUUCCUGCUCCUGAGACUGUGCUUGUGCCAAAGGUGAUUAUCAAUUCUCAAGAUGAUUUUAUGGCACAAGUAGAAACAGAAGCCAAAAAGGACUUUGUGGAUGUCAGCCUCACUGUAGACACCAUGAAUGGAUGUCUGGCAGGUUCUGAAGUUGCAAUUGAAGGUUGAAGUGUCUAUGGACCUGAAAGUACCGCUCCAACAUGAAAGUUUGCAAAGUGCCUUUUCGUGGUGGUACUCAUCAACAAAUUUAUGACGAUAUGUGGCUGUUCUUCAGUGAUGGAUUUUGAUAGAUUUUAUUCUUAUGCUUCUAACUCAUUUCCAAAUGCAUGUACAAUAGAUUUGCCGAUGCCAUGCAAACAUAGUUCAAAAUGGUUGAGUAUUGCAGAUUUUUAUGUUUGUACUUGGGAAUGUCGUAUUUGUUUAAUUUGAUCAAAUGAUUUGGAGUGGAGAGCUUUCUAAAGAGAGCACAGUUUUAUAUGAUAACCCCACACCAUUUACAUGUGGCUUUUCCAAACUUUUAAUAAAGGGAGACUAUUUGCUAUCCUCAA